AUGUACUCGCCACAGCCAAACAGCGCUGAAAGUGCCACCAUCAAUCCUGCCGCUCUGAGUUCUCCCGUCCUAUCUAACCCGCCGCUUCGCGGCCUCAAGCGGAGCCGGUCCUCGGAUUCUCACAACAUCCUGCAGCCCGGCGAUGACGCCAGUUUCCUGCCUCAUACAAAGCGAAUCAAGCAAAUGAAGCCAUCCGACGCGACUGGGCAGCCGCCCGCCCCCGUGGUUGCGCAGACUGGCGCGCCGCCGCAGACGCCCCAAUCUCAAAGCUCUACGUUGCCGAGCCAGACGACUCCCGCCUAUGGCGCGACUCCCGCCGGAGCGCCUCCCAAGACGACGCCGACCAAGUCCACGGUCAAGGCCCUGCCAACCGUCAGAGACCAUACUACUGACCAAUUGAAUCAAGCUGGCGAUGAGUAUCUGCCAAGAGAGAUUGAUGAGUUUGGUGAGAAAAAGGUCAUGUCCAACGGCCAGCUCCUGGGCAACCGAACCUACCGGUGCCGGACCUUCCUGGUGCCCAACCGAGGCGACAAGCUCUUCAUGCUUGCGACGGAGUGUGCCAGAGUGCUGGGAUACCGUGAUUCUUACCUGUUGUUUAACAAGAACAGGUCUCUGUUCAAAAUCAUUGCCAGCCAGGCCGAAAAGGAUGAUCUUGUCCAGCAGGAGAUUUUGCCCUUUUCCUAUCGUUCAAGACAAAUUGCCAUUGUGACUGCCAGAUCCAUGUUCAGACAGUUUGGGAGCCGCGUUAUUGAGAAUGGCCGCCGCGUCCGGGAUGACUACUGGGAAACCAAGGCCCGCAAGCAAGGAUUCACCGAGGCGGAUCUAGCCGGAGAGAAGAGACCGGGUGCCGCCAAGGCCCGCGAGGCGGCCGAAGCCCAAAACAACCUCCUGAUGAGCGGUCCUCACACCGAGAUCGUCUACAACAACACCCCCGGACCCUAUUCCGGUGCUCCGCCAACACAUCUGGUCCAAACAGGUAUGAUGGGAGCGCCACCUGGGAACGUUGCAAGAAUGCCUGGAUUAACAGUCGGGCCAGAGCUGGGCGACACUCGCCCUAGGGACUUCAGCAAUAUCAUCAAAGGCGGUCCCCGCCAGGAGAUUACCGGCCCGGCUUAUCAGGACCAGACCAGGCCAUCACCGCUGAGUGAGAUCCAUUCGCAGGCGCAUCACGCCGCCGAGUUCAACCGAUCCGUCAACCAGCAGCGUGACAUGCGCGGUGAAUAUUUGCAGGGCGUCUGGCGCCGUCCCCAUGAGCAGCCCGUUACCUCGUCGCUGAAUCCCUCUGCUGGCGCCACCGACACCGCAGCCACGACUACCCGACCCUCGAGCUCGCCGCAUACCGUUGCUGCUGCCGGCGUUUCGCAACCCGUCGUGUCGUCCCAAAGCCCUCAGAUGAUGAUGACUGCGGCUCCAUACUCGCAGUCGAUCCACGCUCAAAAUCCACUUGGUCAGAACCCCCUAACCUCUCCAGUCACCCCCGUGUCCCUCGAGGAUGCGUUGAUUGAUUGA